AUUCGUGCGUCUACUGCAUAUCUGGUGCAGCAAUUCUGGCCAGGAAGGAGACGCACAUUUAUUCAUUUGUCCUUUAAAUGUAUUCUGUUCUUUCUAUUUGGUAUUGGAUUACACGGUUUGAACUUCGUGGACACCAUCAGCCACUCUCAUGUCGUUCAUCAGAAGAUGAACGAAGUAGGGAUUGAGGACUCAAGAACACCUUCAAGCCUUCCAAGGCCGCGUAGAGAGCCCAGGUGAAGCCCUCGUAUGAGCUGAGUGCCCCCACACCCCUCUCACCCCCCCUCAGCGGCGGCAGCUGCAGGACUAAGGGAUGUCACAGGCCUUCCUACUUCUGACCCUGCUCACACUCUCCUCUAGCAUCCAGGUGUCUCCUGCUAGACAGUUGAAAAUCUUACUGGAGAAAUGGACCAUGUAUCAGGACCAGUGCAUCCAGAACAUCAGCAGACACCCUCCAGUCACCGGUGUUGUGUGCAACAGAACAUUUGACAGGUAUGCCUGCUGGCCGGACGGAGUGCCCAACACCACUGUGAGUGUGGCCUGCCCCUGGUACUUGCCCUGGUAUUCGGACGUGCGGCAUGGCUUUGUGUAUCGGGAGUGUGGUGCUGAUGGACAGUGGUUGCCAGAGAAGAACACAAGCGAGUGUGAGCAAGAUGACCAGCAUGGGGCCGAGAGGCACGGGAAGAUCCUCAGUAUGUUCCGAGCCAUGUACACUGUGGGGUACUCCUUGUCUCUGGGCGCUCUGGUGUUGGCAUUGGGGAUCCUCAUGGCUUUCAGGAAGCUUCACUGCACCAGGAACAACAUUCACAUGAACCUUUUUGCUUCCUUCAUCCUGAGAGCGAUGUCCAUCCUUAUCAAAGAUGCCUUUAUUGAGAGGCCAUUCCUCCACAUCGGCCAAGACAUCAACACUGAUUACGAAGUGGACUGGCUGGUCACUAACGAGACAGCGGUUGGUUGUCGGGUUGCCGUGGUGAUGAUGCAGUACAGCAUCACGGCUAACAGCUGUUGGCUCCUGGUAGAGGGGAUCUACCUGCACAAUCUGCUGGUAGUCACGGUGCUCACUGAGAGGAACUACUUCGGUGUCUACCUGUGCAUUGGCUGGGGCAUCCCUCUGAUCUUCGUGUUUCCAUGGGUGAUUGUGAAGUAUCUGUAUGAGAAUGAGGAGUGCUGGGAGCAGAACAUAAACAUGGAGUACUGGUGGAUCAUACGCUCGCCCAUACUUCUCUCAGUGCUGAUUAACUUCUUCAUAUUCAUCCACAUCAUUAAGAUCCUCGUAUCUAAACUGAGAGCACACCAAAUGAGAUAUUCAGACUACAAGUUUCGACUGGCUAAGUCCACCCUCACCCUCAUCCCCCUCCUUGGCAUCCAUCCAGUCCUGUUCUCUUUCGUCACCGACGAGUCUACCUCAGAUCGCGCCUUAGGACUGCGCCUCACCAAACUCUUCAUCGACCUCUUGUUCAGCUCCUUCCAGGGUCUACUUGUGGCCAUAUUAUACUGCUUUGUCAACAAAGAGGUGCAGUCGGAGAUCCUGAAGAAGUGGAAGCGCUGGAAGCUGGGCCGGAACAUCGAGGAGGAGUACCGCCACACGUACAGCCACACGGUGCACCUGCGCGGAGGCAGCCUGGUCACCCAGCCCUCCAUGCUGCCCCUGCACUUCCCCGACGUGACCACCACCACCACCAACAUCUCCACCUCAGCCACUAGCACUAUGCUGACCGGCAGGCCCGAGGAGAAGCACACGCUGGUGGGCUGCCAGAACGGCAUGGACCGCCGGACGGCUGGAGGAGGGGCGCCAUCGCUCUUCGACCGCACCGUCUGCGAGAGCACACUGCAGGACGAUAUCCUGUUGGUGGACAAGGCGCAGUGCCACGAGCCUCCACUAGGGAGCAGAGAGAGCAACCUCUGAGAGGGGGAGGGGGUGAGGGAGGAGAGAGGGAUGGUGAAGUGUGUUCCUGUAGUGCGAUCUGCAGGGUGUCCACCUGCACCGCUUACUCGACCAUCACACAAGCACACCUCCUCCAACUCCCUUCCAGCCCCAAGGCAGCCGUGGGUGUGAGACUGGAGGAUGGAGCUGAGGGGUCGAGCAAGUUGCCCCUAACACACAAGCGAGCGUGUUGAUGUGUGUGUGUGUGUGUGUGUGUGUGUGUGUGUGUGUGUGUGUGUGUGUGUGUGUGUGUGAGGGGU